ACUCACUCCGAAAUAAGUUUUCAUUGAAUCCUGAUCGAGUAUUUUCAUUAAUAAAGGUGACACUUGUGGAAAAACGUUGAUGAAUAUUUUUGACAUAAUAACGAAUGAAGUCCAACAUAUUCAUGUAUCAUGUGAAUUAUUAUUCUUUGCUGUCACACUUGAUAAAAAAUCGUGGAUUACAACAAAACUGUUGUAAGCAUUACACGGUCAUGCCGCGCGAUUCUAUGCACGUGUUCGUCAUGCAAAGAACGAGGCAGAAAAUUAAAGAAAAAUCUGAAAAGUAUGCCGGCAACACAAAUGUAUCGCUACAGAUUCUAGGUAGUGGGGCUCGUGGAGCACCAAGAUGCGUUUAUUUAACGGCAGGUCACACUAGGUAUAUUUUUAAUUGCGGAGAGGGCACGCAGAGAUUAGCGCAUGAACAUAGAUACAAGUUAAUAAAGCUAGAACACAUAUUUGUAACAUCGGCAUCUUGGAAUAACUUAGGUGGCAUGCCAGGAAUGCUCUUAACGAUACAAGAGGCUGGAGUGCCAAAAGUUAGUGUGCAUGGUCCUAAAGGGACCGUAGAGAUAUUUGAUGCACUCCAAAAAUUUGUAAUGUUACAAGCUCUGAAGGUUGAUGAAGCAACGUGCGACGAAUCGAAGCCAUACAUGGAUCCAGUAAUGACUGUAUCAUAUGUUCCUAUUAUGAAAUCAAGCACACAAGAGAGAGAGUCUGUUAAUAUAGAAAAAGAAGUAGUCGAUAAUAUUAAUUAUUAUGACUACACAACCAAUUCUAAUGGCAAGCGAGUACUUGAUAAUACAGUAAAGGAGAAAAAAGUACAGAAGAUCGAAGAAAAGUAUGGUAAAACAAGAAUAUCGAGUGUGAUGUCCUAUAUCUGUAGAUUGCAUCCUCGAGCAGGCAAAUUAUCCUUGGAGAAGUGUUUGGAGAAGGGUGUAAAACCUGGUCCUAUGUUGGGUCAGCUAAAAAAUGGCCAAGAUGUUACUCUUCCUGAUGGUACAGUUAUUUUGAGCAAAGACGUUUGCUCUCCAACAACACCAGGCCCUAUUUUCUUAAUUGUAGAAUGUCCCUCGGAAGAUUACUUAGAAUCCUUUGUAAAUCAUCCUGCCUUUGUUCAAUAUCAAACAAGAAUGUCGAACGAGAACGACACACCAUAUUGUAUCAUUCAUUUCACAUCUCAGAAGGUGAUGGCUGAUUCUCGUUACAUGGAAUGGAUGGGCAAAUUUAAUGGUAACACGCGUCACAUAGUCGUAAACGAGGAAAAUGAGUGCAUGGGCACCGAAGCGAUUCAUAGGCAUCAGCGCAAACUUCAUAUGUUGCAUUCUGAAAUAUUCCCCUUGUUAGACGAAAAAUGCUUUCAAAAGAAAAUACGGGCGGACGAUCUGCCCAACAUACAUCGUCCCAGAACACAUCACACCGUUCAUUUACAACCAGAACUGAGAUUCGAUACAGAGAAUGAAGUAUUGUUACAUCCGGAGGAAUACAUAAAUGAGAUUAACACAAUCGAAGGCUUUUCAGAAACGUUGAAGGAUUUGCAAACAAACAUCAACGUCCAAAAGGAAAGAUUAUCUAUUGGAAAGGAAUACCCAAAGAUCAUUAUGUUGGGCACCGGUUCUAUGAUUCCGAGUAAAGUCAGAAAUACGAGCGGUAUACUUCUACAAGUUGAUAAAAAUCACAGUAUGUUGCUAGAUUGUGGUGAAGGCACAUUUGGACAGAUCGCGAAAAUUUAUGGAAAAUACAAGAUGAAUAACAUCAUAAAAACGAUCAAGGCAGUGUACAUAUCACAUCUGCAUGCUGAUCAUCAUAUCGGAUUGGUCGGUUUCCUGAAAGAAAGAGAAAAGAUCACGCAAGAUCCUUUGUACCUAUUUGCGCCACCAUUCAUCGCUGCGUGGUUGCAAUUGUAUCAUAGACGUUUCGAGCCUAUUUUGCAUCAAAUGAUGCUAAUUCCAAAUAACGAGUUCUUCAUGAACACACACAAUCCAGCAGAGCCCAAAUAUGGAGAUAUGUACAAAAUGCUAAAUGUGCAAGCCGUGAGAACGGUAUAUGUCAAACACUGUCCUCAUUCUUAUGGUAUUUCUGUGACACUGCAUAAUGGAAAGAAAAUUGUAUACAGCGGUGACACUAUGCCUUGCGAGAAUCUCGUGAAACUCGGUCAAGAUUGUGAUCUUCUGAUUCACGAAGCGACAAUGGAGGAUGAUUUAUUGAAAGAAGCCAAGAUGAAAUUUCAUUCGACCACUUCACAAGCUAUACAGGCAGGUAAGCAAAUGAGAUCGAAGUUCACACUGUUGACGCAUUUCAGUCAACGUUACUCGGUGAUACCUCCCUUGCCCGACGAUGGUUCUAAAUUAAAUAAUGUAGGUAUUGCUUAUGAUAAUAUGCACAUAAGUCUGUCACAACUACCACUUUUACCUUUAAUGUAUCCGACAUUAAAAAUGAUGUUCAUCAAACAUUACGAGGAUAUAGAGGAUCGAGCUGCUAAACGUCGAAUGACAGCGAAUUCGUAAUAAAUAUUUUAUACGAUAACAUGUAAAAAUUGUGACCACGAUUCCACUUUCAUCUUACUGAUAUCCGAUAUAGUUCUCUGUUGUUGAUUAAAAGUCAAUAUUUUUAACAUAUAAAAUCUUCCAAACUGAGAUCUGUGACUAAAAAAUGAAUAUUACAUAGUUUAUUUCUUGUAAUUUUCUUCAUGAGAGAAACUCGAUUAGAGAAUUUUGUCAUAUAAAAAAUCUGUUACUAAAAAAUUUACAAUUAGUACAAUAGAUGUAAUAGUGAGAUCUUUAUAUUGUUCUGUAUAUAGUUCUGUAAUAUAUAUAGUAUCAAUUUUUAAAGAGAA